CCCGUGUCUGUCCUCCACGUGACGCUUCCGAAUGUCACCCUGGCAAGGAACACGUGGCAUUCCUUCAAAUCUCUCCGAUUCUCCGGAGAUCCUCCCCUUCUACGCCUCGUUCAAAUUUCGCAAGUGCCAUUCCUCUGUAAAUUUCUAGGGUUUUAACCAUCCUCUUUCUUUUCCUUCACAUCAAAUCCAAAUGUCUCCGUUUUGAAGAUUAAGCAAAGCGUGCCAAUCGCGUAGAAGAUUCUCUUAAAGCGUUCGUUUUAGUUCAACCUUCUCAUCGUUUCUUCCUCCUCUUUAUCUCUCUGAGAUCCCUACAGCCCUCAAAUUGGUGUCAAAUAAAGCCACACUUCUUCUUGCAAUACCAGAUGAUUCAAUCGGUCCCAGUUUCAGCAUAUUGAAAUAAUAUUGAUGUUUUGGGCUUUAAGAUGCUAAAACUUUCAGAUAUAGUGACCAGAGAUGAAACUAUAUGCUCUCUUAACUUCUGCUGGAAUCAAUAUAGCCUUCUGUGCGAUACUUUUAUCACUCUAUUCCAUAUUGAGAAAGCAACCAAGCAAUGUAAGUGUGUACUUCGGAAGAAGGCUUGCACAAUUUUCCCCAAAACCCCAUGAUCCUUUCUGUUUCGAAAGAUUCGUUCCUUCUCCUGGCUGGAUGGUGAAGGCCUGGGAAACUUCUGAAGAAGAAAUACUGUCUGUUGGUGGUAUGGAUGCUGUGGUUUUCCUCAGGAUAGUUGUUUUCAGUAUUCGAAUCUUCGCAAUUGCUGCUAUCAUUUGUAUUUUUCUGGUUCUGCCAGUGAACUAUUAUGGUCAAGCAGUGCAUCACGGGCAUAUCCCUUCUGAGUCAUUAGAUGUAUUUACUAUUGGAAAUGUCAAAGAAGGAUCAAAAUGGCUUUGGGUUCAUUGCUUUGCAUUGUACGUGAUAUCUUGCUCAGCUUGUGUUCUUCUUUACUUUGAAUACAAAAGCAUUACUAAUAUGAGGCUGGCACAUAUUACUGGAUCUCCUCCAAACCCAAGUCAUUUUGCAGUUCUGGUUCGUUCUAUACCAUGGUCCCCAGAACAAUCAUACAGUGACUUGGUGAAACAAUUCUUCAUCAAUUAUCAUGCAUCAAGCUAUUUGUCACACCAAAUGGUUUCUGAUUCUUGGACAGUUCACAAACUAGUGACUGAUGCUUACAAGAUGCUUCAGACUUCUUCUAUGAAGCAGAGUAGCACACCUAGUUUAAUACGAUGUAGUAUUUGUGGAGUAUCUCCAAAUUCUUUUAAGAUCCUUUCUAAUGAUCCUGUUAAGGACAAGGUGGAUUUAGAUUCCAUGACAUCAGAGGAGGGUGCAUCUGCCUUUGUUUUUUUCAAGACUCGCUAUGCUGCUGUUGUUGCCUCCCAGGUUCUUCAAUCAUCAAAUCCCAUGUUAUGGGUCACAGACUUGGCUCCAGAACCACAUGAUGUUUAUUGGUCAAAUCUUUGUAUACCAUACAAACAACUUUGGAUUCGUAGGAUAACAACUCUGCUGGCUGCUAUUGUGUUCAUGUUUUUGUUUCUCCUUCCUGUCACUUUUGUUCAAGGUUUGACGCAGUUAGAGCAGCUACAACAAACAUUUCCAUUUCUAAGAGGAAUUUUGAAGAAGACUGUUGUAAGCCAGGUGGUAACAGGGUACCUGCCAAGUGUAAUUUUGAUUUUAUUUCUAUACACGGUUCCGCCAACAAUGAUGUUAUUUUCAGCAGUGGAGGGCUCUAUCUCUCGUAGUGGCAGGAAAAAGAGUGCAUGCUGCAAAAUUCUGUACUUCACAAUCUGGAAUGUUUUUUUUGUUAAUGUUUUCUCGGGGUCUUUGAUCAGUCAAUGGAGUGUCUUUUCAAGUGUUAAAGACUUACCUACUGAACUUGCUAGAGCAGUACCAACACAGGCUAGCUUCUUCAUGACGUAUGUUUUAACAUCGGGUUGGGCAAGCAUGUCAUUUGAAGUCGUGCAAGUUUUUGCUCUUCUGUGUAACUACUUCACUCGAUUCAUACUCAAGAAGGAUCCAUCUAAUGAGACUCUAUCUUUUCCAUACCACACGGAAAUUCCGAAAGCCCUCCUUUUUGGACUGCUUGGGUUUACCUGUUCCAUAUUGGCACCUUUAAUAUUGCCCAUCUUGCUGGUUUACUUUUUUCUUGCGUAUCUGGUGUACCGUAAUCAGAUUAUCAACGUGUAUAUAUCAAAAUAUGAAAGUGGGGGAAAGUUUUGGCCGGUUGUGCACAACACAACAAUCUUCUCAUUAGUGUUGGCACAGAUAAUAGCAAUUGGGGUGUUUGGACUAAAACGAUCACCAGUCGCGUCAGGCUUCACCAUUCCAUUGGUCAUUGGUACAUUGCUAUUUAAUGAGUACUGUAGGCAGCGUUUUCGCCCAAUAUUUGAGAACCAUGCUGCCACGGUUCUUAUUGAGAUGGAUCGGCAAGAUGAGAGAAAUGGGAGGAUGGAACAGAUUCAUCACCAGUUGCAUUCGGCCUAUCAUCAGCCCAAGCGUACUUCUCAGGACUCCUCUAAAGGUGAACGAUCAAACCAUUCUGAGGAUGGGGACAGCAUCCAGGAUCCAGAGGACUUGAAGCCAGGAAAAGCGUCCACGCAGGUAAAUAAAUCAUGACAGGAAGUCGCAGAUCAGAAAGCGAAUUGGGGUGGCAGUUGCAUUAUUUUUUGUACAUAAUUCAUUUAUUUAUAUGCAUACUUCUAUUCGUGUGUUAAUAAAAGCCACUGGCGCUGAUGGGGUUCUUGGAUGAGAAAAGCGUGGAAAUUUCCCGACAAAGAAUGGCAUGUACGCUUUCUGAUAUUGAAUUUUAGUGUUCGAUAUGCAUACAAACAAGACACUUUGUUUUCUCCUUCUGCACCUUUUUCUUUUUCUUUUUUAAUUGUUUUCGUCUCUGUAUAGGUACGUAAUUAAUCGAGAGAAAACCCUGUUUUCACUGACAAGCGGUGAUUGGUUUUCUCUUUGCUAGUUUGAAGCAAUGAAUUCCUGCAGCUUAGUAUA